AUGUGCUCCUCAAUAUCUGUGAUUGACUCAUUUCUAUUUGCCAGGACCCGAAAUCGUGCUGCAAAAAGCGUCCGCGACAAGAUAGUUUCAAAACGGUCACGGUUGAUGGUCCGCCCACCGUUCCGCACUGCACGCGCUACAACCUCGUUGUACAAAUGGGUAAGACCAUGUGAUCUAUCUUCAAACCUGCUUCCUACUACCACAAGUGCAUACGCCACUCUUACUUUACCACUUUACUUUGACACUGCUCGAGCCAGGGGUACGCACAUAAUCAACGCCUACUCUCCUCCCUCUUUGGACCUUCACAGAGGCAUCCCUCUCGAAUUUUGGGAAUUCAUUCGGGAAUUGGACCAGCUACGCUCACAGAGAUUGCCCUCUGAUCUCAAAGAAUUUGACUGCGCAGUGGCUGCUAAUUGGAAGCGCUUAUGGCCUUGGAUGAGGCGCUUGCUUGAAGCCAAUCGUGUUUUCGAGCACCAAGGGCAUCCUUCAGCGGAAGUUAUCGACAGAGCCUUUUUCUGUGUCAAGGCGGUACUCUCGGUGUUGACUCAAAUAUUUUCUUCCUCUUCCUCGGUCAGAGUAACGCAGUCCAGCCUGGCCUGCAAGAUUUUCGAUUCCCCCAAUUUUGCGGAACUGCUACCCCUAGCUUGGGCUGUUGCCGUUAUCCAUCCUCUGCAUCAGGAUUACGUUGAUGAGGUCAUGCAGAUGCUGGAUGGAACGAGCUUGCAGAAACUGGUCAAUAGCCAUAGACUGGAAUCCCUCGCAAAACAGCUUGAAGCGUGUUGCACAACGAUCACGGGUAAUUCCCUCGACCAUUGGAUACACCUAGCGAACGACAAAUGCCUACAAUUCAUCCGCAAUUCAUCCUUGGUCAAUGGGCUGCAGACUUAUCUGCUUUUACUGCUUGUGGACGAGGUUCCUGGAAACAGUUUUCACCUCUAUCUCAAGAAAGCCAAUACUGCUAUGACUUGUCUAGACCACCUUACGAAAUACUUAAUGAAUCCUGAAGUCUCUAUCCUGGGAUCAGCUCUCUACUCUCCUAACCAGAUUCGUAUUAAAUGCAUCAAUGCUGCAUUGCGUUGCUAUCAAAUUUGGUUAGCUGGUGGAGCUCGAUGGGUUGCUGCAGUCCUGAAUCACAACCUCAUAUUCAUGGUGAUGAAAAUAUGCGACUUUCUCGAAGGUGUUCGUGAUGAUGACAUUGGUUGUGAGAAUGCAACCCGCGCCACAUUGGCCACAAUCUGUGAACUUCUUCUGUGUAUACGCCGUUACAAACCAUAUUUCUCUGUCUCUCAUCGCAUAAAAUUGAAUCUGGAUCUGUGCGAAAAACGAAUCUUUCAGAAGAGUCUGCGUUUAACCCUGGUGCGGAUCAGGGCAAGUCCCCCUGAUAUCGCUCUUCGAAAUGAAUGGCAAAUGUUGCAGCUCGAGUUCUAUGUGAAAGAUGCUCUUGCUUUGAGAAGAGCGUCGUGGGAUUGUGCAAGGCUUUUGCAUUGCUCAUUUGACGAGUGCAGACAAAUUGCUAAUGUUAUGAAUAAGCAUCCACUCUAUGCGGAAACUCUCGAGUUUGUCAUCGCAUCUACCGAGAUUUCUUAUAUUCAAAGUUUGUUAUGUGCGGCAGUGCAGAAAUUCGAGAAUGAAAUGCCACCAUUUACUACGGAGUUGUCUGCCGACGAAUUUAAUACGGGGAACCUGGCGCUCAUAAUAGAUUUAUCCCAACACGGAUUUGGCAACUGUGAAGUCAAGCUACAGGAUGAUGUCUAUGGAGAAGUAGAUGACGAGGGGCGCGUAAUCUUAUCAAAGGGUUUGGCCAUGGUCUUUUGUGGUCUUGUUCCAGCUUUUGGAUCAAAGAAUACCCUCUUCGUAUACGACAAUCGCGAGGUGUACCUCGAAAAUGGUGACGUUGUUGGCAUAGAAGACCUUUUCCGCAGCUUCUCUUCAUGGUGGAGAGAUUAUUUGGAUUUGUAG